AUGGGACGUCAAGCCCCACCUACACCACCCCGACAUUGUCGGAGAGACACCCCUGGAUAUCCUGCGGCAUCUUUUCGGAGACAGGCUCACACUCCCAAGGUUCGGCAGCCGAUACAAUGGGCGGAACUCACAACCGAGCUUUCUUUCAAGAAUGAUAAGAAGGCGGAAUUGAACCGGAUCCACCGCAGGACCAUGAAACUACUCGAUAGGUCACCUGAGCUGGAAUACCUUCGCGCGCGCGAAAUCGUCGUCAACGGUUCCCAGCAUCCGCAACCCGUCCAAGACUCACGUCUUGCCAAUCCCAUUAGGGAGAUCGAAUAUGAAGGAGCAUCUGUACAGACAUCCCAAGACGCUACUUCCUUCACAACUCUUCCCGACCCAACCCAGUCUGCCGAUUUCAAGCUGGCCACUCUUAAUUCCAUCCGUUCAGCUACCGCUUCACAUCCUGUCGUAGGUGUCAUAACCUGUCACAAGGGAACCCACAUCGACGAAUGA